GGAGUUGUCCAUUUCAGCACCGUUAAGGGGAGCACCCCUUCGGGUAGAACCUAAAACACUUCAUAAGAAUAUUUGCUUAUUUAUAUUAUGUAUUAUUAUUUUUUUAUAUAACAUAAAAGGUUUAUUGGACCCGAAUUCAGGCACAGGUUAUUAUUUAUUUAAUAUUCAUUUUAAACAGAACCAGCCCGACUCAGGCAUCCCUCAGGAUAAUAUUAUAACCUGGCCGCUAGCAGGGCCGGGGGUUGGACGCGCGCCUGUGUGUAGCAUCUGCGCGCAACCGCUCCAGUCGGGACUGCCAGUAUCUUUGGGAAAGAGAGUUGUUGCAGGGCGUGCGAAAGUUGGAGAAAGAAUGCUGUAUGCUGGACACUAGAAAGGAACCGCUAGCUGGAAUUGUGUUUACAAAAUUAUAAAGGAUGCAUUGCAUAAUAUUGAGCAUAAACCUCGUGAUUGUACUUGUUUCGCAGCAUUGCUUGGCACGACCCUGCAAGGAUCAGCUAGUGUCUCCACUGUAUGCAUCCUCUUUCGAGGCAUCGUCCAGAUACAACUUCUUAUAUUCGGCUAAUCUUGCAAGACUGCACGGUGGGAGUGGCUGGUCACCAGCACCAAGGGAUCGGCAGCCAUGGCUACAGAUCAAUCUGUUCCACAAAUACAGAAUCACUGCGAUAGCUACCCAGGGGACAUUCAACAGCUAUGACUGGGUGACUAAAUACACACUGCUGUACGGAGACCGACCCGACACCUGGACACCAUUCAUUCAAAGGGGAGGCAAUUCGACUUUUUCAGGAAACUGGAAUUAUUAUCAGGUCAAGAAACACAACCUGCAUUAUGCGAUCACCGCCAAGCACUUACGCAUUCUACCUGUGGGCUGGAACCCGAUGGGAAAGAUCGGGCUUCGACUGGAAGUGUACGGCUGCUUCUAUGACUCCUAUGUCAUGGCCUUCGAUGGGGACGAUAUGGUCGCCUACAGGUUUGGAAGAAACACUAUGAAAACGCUGAAGGAUGUCAUCGCCCUGAACUUCAAAACCCUGGAACGAGAAGGGGUGCUCCUGCAUGGAGAGGGACCCCAAGGAGACUACCUUACUCUGGAGCUUGUGGACUCAAAGCUGGUCAUGCAUAUCAGUCUAGGAAGUAGCAGUGUUCAUGACAUGACCGGACACACUUCGGUCACUCUGGGUAAUCUUCUGGAUAACCAACACUGGCAUUAUGUCACGAUCCAUCGCUAUGGCAACUAUGUUAAUUUAACCCUUGACGGUGAAACAGCAAGUAUCCGCUGCAAUGGAGAUUUCCUGUACCUCAACCUGGAUAAGGAACUGUACAUCGGAGGAGUGAUAGAGGGUAAUAAACCGCAUUUGCCCAACAAGCACAACUUCCGAGGAUGCAUGGAGAACGUCUUUUACAACGGGGUCAACAUCAUCGACCUGGCCAAGAAUAAGAUGCCCCAGAUACGCUUCCCUCACCGGAAGAAAAAAAUCUACUAUGCCUGCCAGGAUCUGCUCCUGAAGCCAAUGACCUUUGCGGGGAUCAAUAAUUACCUGCAGGUGCCGGGGUCCUUCAGACGGAACAGGAUGUCAGUGAAGUUCAAGUUCAGAUCCUGGGAUGCCACUGGCCUGCUGAUGUAUGCUAACUUUGCAGACAACUUGGGCUCCCUGAAAAUGGCACUGAGCGAAGGGCAGGUGAACAUUUCCAUCGCACAGCCUGGGAAGAAGCCUCUGGAGUUUGCUGCAGGCUACCGUCUGAACGAUGGCUUCUGGCACUCAGUGGACCUGGUGGCGAGGGAUAAUUUCGCCACAGUGGUCAUCGACGAAGAGGAGGGCUCUCCGCUUAGGAUCAACAACAUCUUCACUCUGCGCACAGGAGACAGAUACUUCUUCGGAGGUUGCCCUAAACCAGCUAAUGGCACAGGCUGUGUCUCUGACCUCAUUGCCUUCCAUGGCUGCAUGCAGCAGAUCUAUAUUGACAGCGAACCGGUCGAUAUAGACAUCAUUAUGCAGCGUCGGCUGGGCCGAUAUUCCCAGCUUCUCUUGGGCACCUGUGGAAUAACAGACAGGUGCACCCCGAACCUGUGCGAGCACGAGGGGAAGUGUAUCCAAUCCUGGGACGAUUUUAUAUGCAACUGUGACAACACUGGAUACAAAGGAGAAGUGUGCCAUAAAUCUGUCUAUAAAGAAUCCUGUGAAGCAUACCGACUCAGUGGCAAAUACUACUCAGGGAACUACACCAUUGACCCAGACGGCAGUGGCCCACUUAAACCCUUUGUAACCUAUUGUAACAUGCAAGAGUAUAAGGCUUGGUCAGUUGUGAGGCAUAACCGUGAGUAUGGAACCAAGGUGACGGGCACCAGCAUGGAGAGACCCUUCAUGGGGGACGUUCAGUAUUACAAUGCCUCCUGGGGUGAGGUGUCUGCACUGGCUAACGGAUCAGAGUACUGUGAACAAAGGAUACAGUACGACUGCUACAAAUCCAGGCUCCUGAACACUCCCGAUGGUCAUCCCUUUGGUUUCUGGAUAGGUCGGAACCAGGAGAGGCAUUUUUACUGGGGAGGGUCAUUCCCGGGAAUAAAGAAAUGUGGCUGUGGGAUAGCCAAGUCCUGCUCCGACGCCAGGUUCUACUGUAACUGUGACGCCGACUACAGGCAAUGGAGUUAUGAUAAAGGACUGCUGAACUAUGUAGACCACCUGCCAGUGACGCAGGUGGUGGUGGGAGAUACAAAUCGCACCGCUUCAGAGGCCCGGUUCACAGUGGGACCCCUGCGCUGCUAUGGCGACCGAAACACCUGGAACACAGUUUCCUUUACAAAAACCACCCACAUGGAGUUUCCUACCUUCAGACCGGGGACCAGCGCUGACAUCUCGUUUCAUUUCAAAACCACGGCAGACCACGGCGUCUUCGUGGAGAACCCCGGGCCCCCCUACUUCAUCAGGGUGGAGCUCAACUCCACCACGGAACUUCUCUUCAUUUUCAGCGUCGGAGACGGAAUUAUAAACGCCACUCUGAAAUCCCCCACCCCACUGAACGACGACCAGUGGCACUUUGUCAAAGCAGAGAUCAACGUGAAGAUGGCCCGGAUAAAGGUGGACGAGCAGCCCUGGGUGGUGAGGCGGUUUCCUUCGCAGAGCUACGUCAACUUGGUGUUCACCAAACCUCUGCUCGUGGGAGCAGCGGAGUACAAGAUGAGGGGGUUUCUGGGCUGUCUCCGGGGGCUACGGAUGAACGGGGUGACCCUUAACCUGGAAGGGAAAGUGAACGAGCUGGAAGGGAUAAAGUACAACUGCUCGGGUCACUGUUGGAACACGUCCGAAGUGCUGUGUCGCAACGGAGGACGAUGUGUGGAGAAAUACAGCACCUACCUCUGUGACUGCAACGAGACAGCCUUCGACGGGCUGUAUUGUCAUAAAGAUAUUGGCGGUUACUUCGAACCCGGGACUUGGCUACGCUACAGCAUUCGCUCAGCAGCAAUAACGGUGGCGGCGCAGUUUGCCAACAUCGUGGACCCUCUGAGCUUCACACUGGGGUACAACCAGACCAGCGAGGAGAUUGUGUUCAGCUUCAGCACCAGAGAGACCCCUGCUGUGCUCUUGUACAUCAGCUCCUUCACCAAUGACUACAUCGCUGUGGUCCUCAAACACGACGGUAGUUUGGAUUUGAGGUACCGGCUGGGUUUAUUUACCAAUAAAUACACCCUGAGCAAUCGUUACAUGGCUGACGGGGACCCUCACAUUGUUAAUGUCACCAGGAAGGACAGAGAAAUCAGAAUCGAGGUGGACUACACUCAGCCUAUCUUCCAAAGUAUACCGUUGAUAUUCGACAAGAAAUUUGAUUCUCCAAAAUCCCUGUUUCUUGGAAGAGUGUUGGAGACUGGUGUAAUUGACCCAGAGAUCCAGAAGUACAACACCCCUGGCUUCACGGGAUGCCUGUCGGGGGUCAAGUUCAAUAACAUCGUCCCGCUGAAGGCGUACUUCAGACCCAACAAGACUGACCUCCCCAUCACCGUCAUGGGAGAGCUUGUGGAGUCUAACUGUGGGGCCGGGCCAGUGGUCCAUCCUCCAAUCCCCCUGGAGAUAGACCCCUGGUACACAGGACCAGUGUUCCCCUAUAUACAUGAUGACACUCCCAGUGGACCAGUGUUAGCAGUGAUCAUCCUACUGGUUCUGCUCAUAGUGUUUGGCACCUUAGCGGCCCUGUACCUGUAUUUGUACCGCUACAAGGGAUCGUACCACACCAACGAACCCAAGGCCGUGGAGUCUCCAAGCAGCAUGAAGCCACUGACAGAAGAGGCCCCCAGGAAAGAGCAAAACCUGCCCAAGAUACAGGAGGAGGACAAGGACGAAUAGGGGAGGAAACAGGGGUGCUGCUCAAAGAUGACUCAUCUGUUGCGAUCAAAUCAAACGAUCCAAUGCAGGAUCUCUGGUCAGUUACAAUAAUACAGAGAAGAAAGGGUUGGUAAUAGUUAAAGUUUAGCAGACGUGUUUUAGCACUUCCAAAUUACAGGGUUGAGAGCGAACAGAAGUGCCUGAAAUCUUGUUGUUUUUAAACAACAACAACAACAAAAAAACUAUCUUGGAUACCUGAUAUCAAUGGCCUGCAAAAAUAUAAUAAGAAAAACAUCAAAAACGAUAAUGAUUCUGCUGUCCAUUAAUCUGAAUGUAAAGUAUUCCAUAUUAAUAAUAAUAGAAUCAGUUACAUGGACAAUUGAACCUUAAUAUCAGAGAACUAUAUAUAUAUAUAUAUAUAUAUAUAUAUAUAUAUAUAUAUAUAUAUAUAUAUAUAUAUAUAUAUAUAUAAAAUAAAGAUUUCCCUAUUAGUCUAUUGUAUAAUAAAUCAUGUCAUAAAGGUAUGUAGUUGCAGAUGUUUAAGGAAGAUGAUAAUAUAAAUGAUUUUAUGGUUUUGAUAACCCUAAAUGCAUUAGUCUGUGUCAAUGGAAUUCAAUAAAGUGUGUUUGCCCAGUUUUCUCAAUGGCUGCCACAUUGAUUUACAUUCACACGAUAACACCUCUUUUAUGACACUGUGCAGAUCAUUCCAUACAGUGUAUGUUUAUGUAACGUGCUACCACAGCAUGGGAAAUGAAUUCAAACUGGCGAGACAGAUAGAGUAAGCCCAGCCCCUUUACACUAGUGCACUGGUUUGAUCUCUUGUACAAUAUGGAUGGACACACAACUCUGCUAAACUGUAACAAAAGAGCAUGGUCUUUUGUUUAAAUUUGUACAGAAACUCUAUGCAUCCAGUGUCUCGGUGCUAUUGAACACUGGAUUUGACCACAGAAAGGCCUUUAUCUGCUAGAAGACUGCAAGUGUUGGCCUUUGUAAGGGUUUGGACCCAAAAUUUAUAUUGCUAGCAUUAGCUACAGUACUGUACACUAUUAAAUGACACAUCGUUUUUUUUUUACAUAGGACCACAACAAUGUAAGCGUCUGCCUUUUUUCAUACUUUAGCAGAAUGAUAGCAUUUAGAAUUAUGCUUCUUAGCUGCUUUGGAGGGAUGAUAACCAAAGCCUAUAAUAGACUACCAUGCAGUGUCGUACAUUACAAAUAUACUGUGUCGUUGAGAAAUAUUGGGCAAUCUACGCGAUGCAUUAUGCUUCUAACUUGCAGUGCAUGUUACCUGCACUUUGCAUUAAUGCAACAAAUCUGCUGCUUUAAUACAAUCACCUAAGAGCUUUUUAAUUCUGUAUAUCUUUUUUUUGCAAAUUCCAAUAUAUAUAUAUAUAUAUAUAUAUAUAUAUACUGUAUAUCAAUUUUUAUAUUGUACCAGUUUGUAAAAAAAAAAAAAGUAUUGAAUGUAAACUUAUGUGUUAUCAUUGUAUUUAUAACGAGAAUACAGUAUGUAUCACUGUUCUGGUGUUGUGUAUUGCUCAUAUGGAGAAUACAAUACAGCCACCCACUCCCACUUGCAAUAUUGCACCAUUAAAUGAAUACUGGAUGAGGUGGUGAUAUUUCUUUAGUUUGCAUUCUUCAAAUUAUUUGUUACUUCAUGAGUUUAAUUGCAAACGUCCCAGUUAUCUUAUGCUUGUAAGUUAGAUUUUGUUUCUCAAAUCGUUUGAUCAUAUCUGAUUAAAGUAGAUGAGCGGAGUUACCGUGUAGUCAAAUCAUGUGAGAUUUAAUCAUCAGAAGCAAAACCACAGCGCUUAAAAGAGAAAUUUAAAACAAUGAGUCAUUAUUUACCCUAGUGGAGUGCAGGAAAUCUGAUUCAGCCCCUUGUGUAAUGUGACAUUUUGCACAUCUCUCAGAAACACCUUUCAAUGUGAUACAUUCACUUGUAACUAUUACAACUGCUGUGUACAUCUUUCCUGGUUUAAAGUGAAGCGUGAUGGUACUGCAGCAACACCACAGACUGUAGGGGGCGCAAGAGGAAAUGUUGCAGUGUCUUGAUAGAGACAUUCAAAAACUGAGAAAAAAUCUGGCGUCUAGAACAAGUGUGAUGUAAUUUUGCUUUUGCAGUGCAUCGUGCUAAAUAUUUUCACUGAGCUGAUACAUGCAAGCGAUGCCCACAGAAGCAAUCUGAUACCUGAGGUUUGUUUGGUGCACUCACUGUGGAGUGAGUCAGGGGAUCAGAUAGUGAGGUUUUGCACAUUCAGCAGCUGGUUGAUUCCAAUCAAUCGGGACGCUUUAUACAAACUGUUCAGCAAAACACAUAGCAGUUUCGUUAAAAAAUGAUUUCCUUAUACACGUCAUACUACAAGUAUGACGAGUAUAUAAGUGUGAUUAGUCUGUAUUCAUUUGUGGAGAGUUAAUAGUCUUUGGUAUCUAUCUACAGAGCAGCCCUUAGUCGUGUACCUGUUCAAACUUCAACAUGCACAAUUUCCAUUUGUAAAUGCAAAUGUACUUGGAUUUUACUUGAGUAAGAAAUAAGGUACAGUAAACCACGUUAUUCUGCAUGGAUACAACAUUGAGGGCCACCCAUGUGUAAAGAUACCACAUCACCUCUGUGCACAGUUUAAUGUUCUUUUAUGUAUGUCCAUUGUAAAUGGCCAUAGCUACGGUAUGUAAAAAAUAAAUAAAUAUAUAAAUAAAUAAAUAAAAGA